AAAUCAAGUGGUGGAGGGGGAAGACAGACAUUAAUAUUGAUUAUAUAAUCAAGUAUUAUUAUUAUUAUUAUUAUUAUUAUUAUUAUUAGUUUGUUUUUCUCUUGUAUUGCUUUGACUUCUACUUCACUCAGUUGUUAUGGAGGUUUACAAGUUACACGCGGAACAGAAACCCACAAAUGGCAUAUGCCAAGGAGCAGAAAUCACUGAAGCUCCAUCAUCAGGAGGAAAAACACCUAAACAAAGAGGUACCUGGGGAAAACAGAUAGAGUUUUUCAUAACAUGUGUUGGUUUUGCUGUAGGUUUGGGUAAUGUAUGGCGCUUCCCAUAUCUCUGUUACAAGAAUGGAGGAGGUGCAUUUCUAAUUCCAUAUUUCAUUUGUCUGAUAACCAUUGGCAUCCCUCUCUUCUUCAUGGAAAUCUCUGUCGGCCAGUUUAGUGGACUUGGACCACUCACCAUAUUUCGCCAUUGUCCACCUUUUAAAGGUGUUGGCUACUCCAUGUUGAUUCUUGUGUUCCUCAUUAUAAUCUACUAUAACGUCAUCGUGGCAUAUUCCAUCUACUUCCUCUUUGCAUCCUUCACAUCGUCACUGCCAUGGCUCAAAUGCAACAACAAGUGGAAUACAUGCAACUGUACUGUAAACAUUUAUGGCGACAAGUUCACCAAUAUUGCCGCUACAGACCCCAGCAAUCAAGUACCAUCUCUAAGCGACAUUGAAGGUCUGUUUAAUGAAACUCGUCCUGAGUGCAGACCCAACUUAACAGACUUGAUAACCUUCUCUGGAAAUGUUACUCCAUCUUGGAAAGCCAUCAUUGAUCCAUACUUUUACAACUAUACAUCUAAGACUGCAAGUGAAGAAUAUUUCUUCAAUCAAGUUCUAAAGAUGACUGACAACAUCUAUGAAAUGGUCACAGUGGAAUGGGACCUCAGCCUCUGUCUUCUUCUCGCCUGGUGUAUAGUAUUCUUUGUCCUUGUGAAAGGAAUCAAGUCGUUAGGGAAGGUUGCUUAUUUCACUUCUCUGUUUCCAUAUAUUUUAUUGGCUUGUCUCCUUGGCAAAGGAGCCACACUGGAAGGUUCUUCAGAUGGAAUCUACUAUUACCUACGGCCAGAUGUCUCGAAAUUAAAGAAUGUUCAGGUAUGGGUGGAUGCCGCCGUGCAAAUAUUUUUUUCAGUAAGUACCAGUAUGGGUGGACUGAUCACCAUGGCCAGUUACAACAAGUUCCACAAUAAUACAUUUAGGGAUAGCAUACUACUGCCCUUCAUUAACUGCUUGACCAGUUUCUUAGCUGGGUUUGCCAUUUUCUCUGUGUUGGGGUUUAUGUCAUACAAGAAAGGUGUACCUCUUGACAAAGUUGUCGAAGAUGGUCCUGGCUUAGCCUUUGUGGUUUAUCCUGAAUGUCUUGGAAAAAUGCCUCUUGCUUCAUUAUGGUCAGCAUUGUUCUUCAUAAUGAUGUGGUCUUUGGGUGCCAGUAGUUUGUUCUCCCUGAGCGAAAAUAUUUUUACUAGCAUCACAGACGAGUAUGCGAAAACUCUGCUGAAGUUCAAAAACUCGAUGAUUUUUCGGGUGACCAUCGUCCUUCUUUGUUUCGUUUGUGGCCUGAUCAUGGUGACCAAGUCUGGCCUGUAUUGGUUGAACUUAAUCGACAAUUCCGUGGUUGGAUUACCAUUAAUCAUCAUCGGUUUCUUUGAGAUCAUUUCGUUCCAAUGGAUUUAUGGCAACGUAUCAAAUGACAUCACUCUGAUGUUAGGGAAAAAAACAUUUAUGGUCAUGAAUUUUUGCUGCAAGUUUAUCACGCCCAUCAUUAUGUUCUUGCUGAUAUUAUUUAAGUUUGUGAAAUUCCAGCCAAUAAAAAUGGGUAGUUAUGAGUACCCCAUGUCAGCCCAAGUGAUCGGAUACCUCUUAUCAGCCCUUUGUGUCAUAUUCAUACCAGGAUAUCUUAUAUAUUACUUACUCAGAAACUGCUCGGUUAGUUGGGAUUUUUUUUAAUGUUUUUUUUUUCCC